CCCCAUUCCUCUACUCUCCAACUCUGCACUCGGAACUCAACGCACUGAGAGGCAGAACGAGGUCGCCCGUCUUCAGCUGCCAAGAUAGAGUCCGCCGAUCGGAAGAGGAAGAGACCGUCGUCAGCCUCAUCGGCCGAUCCAGCCGCCGCCAAGCCCAACAGCCUGAGGGACAACAAGCACAGGGCGAAGGCCAAGAUGUCGUCGGCGAAUCAGGUCCGCGCGUCGCACAUCCUCAUCAAGCACGAGGGCUCCCGGAGGAAGGCCUCGUGGAAGGAUCCCGAGGGCAGGGUCAUCCGCAGCACCACCCGCGAGAGCGCCCUCUCGCAGCUCAAGGCCCUCAGGGAGGACAUCGUCUCCGGCAAGGCCAAGUUCGACGACCUCGCCUCUCGCUUCUCCGACUGCAGCUCCGCCAAGCGCGGCGGCGAUCUGGGUCCUUUUGGGCGAGGCCAGAUGCAGAAACCUUUUGAGGAAGCAACUUAUGCUCUCAAGGUCGGCGAGAUUAGCGACAUUGUCGAUACUGACAGUGGCGUUCACAUCAUAAUGAGGACUGGCUAAAACAUAGUUGGAGUGCGGAGAAGAUAAAGUAUAUUUGCUUGGGAUUCUGGUUGAUAUGGUAUUUGACUAUUCGGAGCAUGUUGCCAUGAUUUACCCGUUCCAUGCCUCCUCUAUGUCAUUGCAAUUGCAUAAACUGUUCUGCGGAAACAUUCGCCUGUCAUAAACUUUUGGAUGCUUGUUGGAUUGUUUCUCGUAAUAAGAGUGAUAAGUUUCUCGAGCGGACUUGGUUUU